AGUGAUGAUUAUUUACAUUUUUAAAAAGGUUUAGUAGCUAUAGUAGAUUAACAAGAAAGUAACCACAAAAUCAGAGUGGCAAGGAAUCCUUUUUUCUUUUAGUAGAAUUAAAUAUGACUCAGCUCAUCUCACAGGGCUACAGUUACAACAUUUCUUCCCAAGGAAAAGAUAAGAGGCUUCAGUAUCCUCUGUGUAUUAGGGUCACACAGACAGCUGCCCAUUCAUGUUUGUGGAAUCACCUUAGGAGGCAUGACUCUGCUCUUCAAAUGCCAAGCAGUGGAAUGGCAAUCAUUUCUGAGCAUCAAACUCCUCUGAAUUAGGGUCUGGCCUUACUCUUAAUAAAUGCACUAGGCAAUCAAGGUCUUAACUCACUCACUGUUUUUGGAAUCUACCAACUUUCUUUUUCCUUCCUAGUCCUAGGGAAUCUCACUUUAAUGUGUCUACCUUAGCAAAAACACCUCAUGGAGCUUGGACUUUUGGAAAGCAAAAGUCAGGCAGAAAGCUGUGAGAACAAAAGCCAGGCAGAAAAUUGUGGUCAAUCAACAGCUGCUUCCAAUCCAGAAACUUAGCCCUCUCAGGGCAAGGGAACACAAAGGCUUGCUUCUCCACUUAUAAUUAGAGAGGGGAAAGUACAAAGAGGGAAAAGUACAAAGAAUAUAAGCACAAGUUAAUUAAUGCCUUUGAAGAAUAUCCUCUCUUACAGUCAUAGGCUUGAUAUUUAUCAAAAACUUUUUGAUGGCUUGAUUCUCUAGAGGCUACCAUAAGGAUAUAAGUGGGUUCCCCAGUUAAUUCCAAUGUUUUUAUAUAGAAAAGCAAAGCAGGGGAGAGGACAGGGAAUGAUUCUGAGAUUUAUCCUCAAGUUUCUCAACCUCCUUCUUCACAGAGGUGAAAAAUGCCCCCUUUCUACUCCAAAAGUCAUACAGCAAAACCUCAUCUAAAAGGGUCAAGAGGAGUUUCACUAGCUCUUGGAGACCUAACUUUUGAGUGUUUUAGGGCACAGAAUUCACUCCAGAGCACAUACCUAAGUCUACAGAUCAUGAGGCAGAUCAUGGCAGGGAAGGGGAAUGAUGACUCCUCAGUCAUUGAGCUCGUUAAGGAAGCAGAAGAGAUGAAGCAGAAUCUGGAAAGGAAAAACAAGAUGCUUCGGAAGGAAAUGGAGAUGCUGUGGAACAAGACAUUCAACAUGGAACAAUUCAGUGAUGAAGAAAAAGUACUGCAAAUAAAGAACAAAACAGACUUACAGGAUGGAAAGGCUCCCAAAACCCCCUCAUCGUCUAAGAAGACCAAGAAUGAACUGGAGACAUUGUGUGCAGAGAAAGGGAAGGAAAUAAGGAAGGAAAAGAAACAGAGGAAAAUGGAAUGGGUCAGGUAUCAGGAACAAGCCAACAUCAUUCAGAAUGACUUUAAUGGCAAAGUGAUUGAGCUGAGAAUUGAAGCCUUGAAGAACUACCAGAAGGCCAAUGAUCUGAAGUUAUCUCUGUACAUACAGCAGAAUUUUGAGCCAAAGCAAGAAUUUUUGAAUCUUCCCAGAUCCCAAGGUACCUUGGACACGACAACUAUGAGCAGAGCAACUACCUGCAAAAAUGAAUCUAAUGAGAGAUUUCUGGGAUCAAAGACCUCCACAGAACAACAAAGAGCUAAAGGAAGUCAGUUUGAUGAUGCAAGAGGGAGGCUCUUUUUUCUGAGGUCAAGGCCAGAUGAAGUGCUGAAGGAUUAGAAGGCUUUCACUCCAUUUGCUUUGGAUAGCUCUAAAGACUAGGCACAGCCAUUUGUGUUAAUUAAAAUCUUUCCAGCCUUUGUUUUA